CUGUUUACCUCCGUUUGCGGGGCGCGUGAGGCGGAGCGGGGCGGCGGAAUAAUGAGUAAACCCACAGUUUGUUUACGCGUUUCGGGGCGCGCGCGCCUCCCGAGGAGCCGCGUGCCUCUAACGAGCCUCGAUAAUCCAUCCAUCCAUUUGGCAUCCAUCCAUCCAUCCAUUCAUCCAUCCAUCAUCCAUCCAUUGAUCCAUCCAUCCAUCAUCCAUCCAUCUAUACAUCAUCCAUCUAUACAUCAUCCAUCUAUCAUCCAUCCAUCCAUCCAUCCAUCUAUCAUCCAUCCAUCUAUCAUCCAUCCAUCAUCCAUCCAUAUAUACAUCAUCCAUCCAUCCAUCCAUCAUCCAUCCAUCCAUCCAUCAUCCAUCCAUCCAUCUAUCAUCCAUCCAUCCUUCAUUAAUUCAUCAUCCAUCCAUCCAUGA